AUGCCGCGUAGCACAUCCCCCAUCUUCCCACCCAUCGCCACUCUAUCCGAAAGCGACUUUAGCGACUUCGAGACAGAGAGCUGUUCCAGCAUCCCCAGCAGUCCACUCUCCCCCGACUUCAUGUCGGGUUUCCUUGACAACAAAGACCGGUUCGGCGAUCCCAACAAUAACCAAAUUGAGCGCCGCAACGAUGCCCGACGCGAUGAAAGGUGCAGCAAAGCCAGCAGUCACGACAAUGGUCGUAACUUCGAGCGUGAUGUCAGGUUUGAUGUUUGCGAAACUGAUCGUUUUAGUGGCCCCGAGGCAACUCCCGUUGUUCGCGUCGUCAGGCUCCCUGAGCCCAAGAUUGGCCGUUGCGAUGCUGUGCCGACCCAACGCGACAUCGUAGCGUAUGGCACAGGAGGUACCAAGGAGAGGAACAGCAAUCUCAAUUCAGUCGAUUUGAACGGCUAUAGGUUCAUCAACCAUGGCAUCAAGACACCGGACCGCGGCGCCAGUGGCAGCCGUGAGGGCAUGUCUCUCAAAGAAUACAGGUUCCGCCACUACGACGUUAAAGUCGCUCCAUCGGAUGCCACCGCACCAAGCAUGCACACCGAACCUGACGUCUUCUCUCUCCCUUCCAAUCCGGUCUCAGACCAGCCCCAUCGCAGAGCACGAGCCCGGUCAUUCACCUAUGAGCCGACUAUUUCCCGAUGCGUCAAACCUGAAUGUAGCAAGCAUUUCAAAACUCUUGACGAGGUGGUAGCGCAUAUGCCUUUACACAGAGGCGAGUUUGGGGCGAAGGACAGUGUACGGUGCGCUUGGCCUGACUGCAACUGGACCAGUAACAUGGUGGGUAACGCGAAGAGGCACUUUUUAGUCAUCAAGCAUAAGGAGAAAGGGUAUGCCUGCGACGAAUGCUCCGAGAUGUAUACGAGGAAGGACGCGUUGAAGCGGCAUCAAAUAAGGAAGCAUAUCAAUCAGACGGACGAGGAAGCAGCUUUAGACGGGAUGAUGAUGCUGCUCAAGGACGCGGAGGACGCAUAA